AUGAAGUUCAAGAAGCUCACGAACGCCCAGCGUUCUGGUCUUAACCAAAUUCCCAAUCGUCGAUUCACUCUCUGGUGGUCACCCACGAUUAACCGAGCUAACGUCUAUGUUGGUUUCCAAGUGCAACUGGAUCUGACUGGUAUUUUCUUGCACGGCAAGAUUCCCACUUUGAAGAUUUCCCUGAUUCAGAUCUUCCGUGCCCAUUUGUGGCAGAAGAUCCACGAAUCUGUGGUUAUGGAUUUGUGCCAAGUGUUUGAUCAGGAACUUGAGCAACUUGGCAUCGAGGCUGUUCAGAAGGAAACGAUUCACCCCCGUAAAUCGUAUAAGAUGAACAGUUCUUGUGCGGAUAUCCUUCUUUUCGCCACUAACAAGUGGAAUGUUACUCGACCUUCCCUGCUCUUCGAUACCAAGGAUGUAUACGAGCCCACGACCACGAACAAAUUCUGGAUUGAUGUGCAGCUGAGAUAUGGUGACUACGACUCUCAUGACAUUGAGCGAUAUGUUCGUGCCAAGUAUCUUGACUACACUACCGAUAGCAUGAGUAUCUAUCCCUCAGCGACCGGAUUGAUGAUCGGUAUUGAUCUUUCCUACAACUUGUACUCGGCUUAUGGCCAGUACUUCCCUGGCCUGAAGACUCUUGCCCAGCAAGCCAUGGCGAAGAUCAUGAAGGCCAACCCUGCCUUGUACGUUUUGCGUGAACGUAUUCGCAAGGGUCUGCAGCUGUACGCCUCAGAGAGCAACCAGGAGUUCUUGAACUCUCAGAAUUACUCUGAGCUUUUCAGUCCUCAGAUUCAACUGUUCAUUGAUGACACCAACGUUUACCGUGUGACAAUCCACAAGACCUUCGAGGGUAACUUGACCACGAAGCCCAUCAAUGGUGCCAUCUUCAUCUUCAAUCCUCGAACCGGCCAGCUGUUCUUGAAGAUCAUCCACACCAGUGUCUGGGCGGGACAGAAGCGUCUUGGUCAAUUGGCUAAGUGGAAGACAGCUGAAGAAGUUGCUGCCCUCAUUCGGUCACUGCCUGUUGAAGAACAGCCGAAGCAGCUGAUUGUUACUCGAAAGGGUCUUUUGGAUCCUCUCGAAGUCCAUUUGCUCGACUUCCCCAAUAUCUCCAUCCGCGCCUCCGAGCUUCAACUGCCGUUCCAAGCUGCCAUGAAGGUUGAGAAGCUGGCGGAUAUGAUCCUCCGUGCUACUGAGCCUCAAAUGGUUCUCUUCAACCUGUAUGAUGAGUGGCUAAAGUCCAUCUCGCCAUACACUGCCUUCUCUCGUCUGAUUCUCAUUCUCCGUGCCCUUCACGUAAACAUCGACAAGGCUAAGAUCAUUCUUCGCCCCGACAAGAGUGUGAUCACCCAGGAGCAUCACAUCUGGCCUUCAUUGUCCGAUGAGGAUUGGAUUAAGGUUGAAGUGCAAUUACGUGAUUUGAUCCUCAACGACUACGGCAAGAAGAACAAUGUCAACGUGCAAAGUUUGACCGGUAGUGAAGUCCGAGAUAUCAUUCUGGGUAUGGAAAUCAGUGCGCCCUCGCUGCAACGACAACAGGCCGCCGAGAUUGAAAAGCAACAGGAGGAAGCGAAGCAACUUACUGCUGUUACCACCAAGACUCAAAAUGUGCGAGGAGAGGACAUGAUUGUCACGACGACUUCGCAGUACGAGCAACAGUCAUUCGCGUCAAAGACCGAGUGGCGCACUCGCGCUAUCGCUACCUCGAACCUGCGGACCAGAUCGAAUAACAUUUACGUGUCGUCUGACGACAUCCGCGAUGAUGGAUUCACUUACAUCAUGCCAAAGAAUAUCCUCAAGCGUUUCAUCACGAUCGCUGAUCUCCGCGUUCAAGUCACUGGUUUCAUUUACGGUAACUCGCCCCCUGAUAAUGAUCAGGUUAAGGAGGUUCGCACAAUUGUCAUGGUUCCUCAAGUUGGAAACACUCGGGAUGUCCAGCUCCCUCACCAACUUCCUCAGCAUGACUACCUCAACGGCCUUGAGCCGCUGGGUGUCAUCCACACCGUUUCGGGCAAUGAGCCACCCUACAUGUCUGCAGCAGAUGUCACACAACAUGCCCGUCUGAUGAACUCGCACUCCUCGUGGGACAAGAAGACGGUGACUAUGACUGUCUCCUUUACCCCUGGUUCCGUGUCACUUUCUGCCUGGGGCCUGACUCCCGACGGAUACAAGUGGGGCGCUGAGAACAAGGAUAUGAGCUCAGAUCAGCCCCAAGGCUUCUCCACUAGCAUGGGUCAAAAGUGCCAGCUGCUUCUCAGUGAUCGCGUUCGCGGUUAUUUCCUUGUCCCCGAGGAUAAUCUCUGGAACUAUAGUUUCAUGGGUAGCUCCUUUGGCAGCGUUGAGAAGAGACCCAUCUACGUGAAGAUCGAUACCCCCCCUUCGCUUCUACGAUGA